CUAGUCGUCGUCUCCCCGUCCCGCUCCCCGCAACAUGCAAAGCGUUGACGUCCCCCUCGCAGCAACCUCCGUCCGCUGGAUCCGAGCUCCCUCCCUCCCUUCCUUCGACCCCAAACAAAAACCCCACCGGACGAUCAGGAAUCGCUCUCCCCUCUCCACCACCACCAUUCCACCAACGACUCCUCACCUUCACCUCUCCUAGCUAGCUAGCUAGCCUCCGCUCGCUUCGGUCCAGCGGCGACGAGCGCGACGUCGGGAUGAACGCCGGUGCCCCGCCGGCGCCCGGCCGGUUCACCCCGGGCGACGGCACCUCCGUGGGCAUGUUCAGCUCCGACCGCAUCGGCGGCUUCGGCUACGGCGUCGGCGUCUCCGUCGGCAUCCUCCUCCUCAUCACCACCAUCACGCUCGCCUCCUACUUCUGCACCCGCGCGCCCCCGCCCGGCCCGGAGGCCGCCGCCGACGCCGAAGGGACGGCCCGGCGAAGGCGGCGUGCGCGGCGCCGCGAGGGCGGCGGCGACAACGAUGGCGGCGGGGCAACCGGCGACGACGUCGACGUGGAGCUCGGCAUCGACGAGGCCACGCUCAAGGGGUACCCGGAGGUGGUGUACGGCGAGGCGCGGAGGAGCAAGAACAGGAAGCUGGGCACCACCUGCACCUGCUGCUCCGUGUGCCUCGACAACUACGGCGACGGCGACGUGCUCCGCAUGCUGCCGGACUGCGGCCACCUGUUCCACCGGGAGUGCGUCGACCCCUGGCUCCGGAAGCACCCGACCUGCCCCGUCUGCCGGACCUCGCCGCUGCCCAGCCCCUUGCCCACGCCCCUCGCGGAGGUCACGCCGCUGGCCAUGACGAGGCUGUCCUCCUGACACCACACAGAGGUUCUUGCGUGGUUUUAAUGUUCUGUUCCUUUUUCUCUUGUUUUAGAAAAUUGGGAUUGGUGAAAGAAAAGUUCAGGUUAGGAAUCAAUUAGAAGUUUCUUUUGUGAUCUGGGGUGUAAAUCCGGUUUCAGCUUAGUUUCACUUCUGAUGGAAAUGCAAGUCAGCCUAGCAUUCUGUCCUGAAUCCUGAUACAAAUGGUUGAGAGUUCCCCGAUCAGAAGUUCAGAACAUGUGCUCAAAGAGGGAUUAUUACUUGACAUUAGCAAAUUGGGUGUCAAUGUCACAAUGUAGAGUAGGUUGUCUUGAAUAUACUGAAUCAAAUGUUGGGUUUCAAGCUCGAAAUGUAAAUGCAUUCUCUCAUUGUCAUA